GGUUGGCUCACGCUGACUAGCUUUGGUAAGGUGAUCUAUAAAAGGGUUCAUAUCUCGCUCCGUGUACACACUACUGUAACAACAAAAUGAAGGGAGUGAGUGUGAUUCUACUGGUAUGCUGCUUUCUAUGGCACGCUGAGGCCAGGAGUUACCUCAGAGCUUAUAGCACCACACCAGGUAAAGAUUAUAAGUUCGUUUGCUAUCACACCAACUGGUCCCAGUACCGUCCCUCGCCAGGGAAGUUCUUCCCAGAAGACAUCGACCCUAACCUGUGCACCCAUCUGAUUUAUGCCUUUGCCAAGUUCAACGGGAACAGGCUGGCGGCCUUUGAAUGGAAUGACGAGAGCACGGACUGGUCUGUAGGCUUAUACGAGCGCUUUAAUAACCUCAAAAAACAGAAUCCAAAUUUGAAAACUCUCAUCGCCGUUGGAGGAUGGAACCUUGCCUCGGGGCCUUUUACCAAGAUGGUAUCUACAGCAGCUAACAGACGAGAGUUUAUUGACACAUCUAUCAAGUUUAUGAGAGAUCGCAACUUUGAUGGUUUGGAUUUGGACUGGGAAUAUCCCGCCGCUAGGGGGAGUCCGCCUGAGGACAAGCAGAGGUUUACUGCUUUGGUCAAGGAAUUGAAAGAAGCGUUCAUUGACGAAGCUAGAAAUACCGGCAAUGAACGGUUGUUACUGACGGCAGCUGUUCCAGCAGGCAAGGAAACGAUUGACAAUGGAUACGAAGUUGAAACUGUUGGCAAGUACCUCGAUUUCGUGAAUCUUAUGUCGUAUGACCUCCGAGGAGCCUGGGAAUCAGUCACCGGCCACCAGAGUCCUCUUUAUCCAAGAAAAGACGAAACCGGAGAAGACCUUUACUUGAAUUUGGAAUUCACUGCCAAAUACUGGGCAAGCCAGGGUGUGGUGCCAGAGAAACUGAUCAUCGGCAUGCCCACCUACGGGCGCGGCUUUACGUUGAGCAAUCCGGCAAACAACGGAAUGGGUGCGCCAGCCAAAGGUGCGGCCAAUGCUGGAAGAUAUACCAGAGAGGGUGGAUUCUUGUCCUAUUAUGAGAUUUGUGAAAUGUUGAAUAAUGGCGCCACCAGCGUGUGGCAUAACGAACACCAGGUACCAUAUGCUUACAAGGGCGACCAAUGGGUAGGAUACGACAACCCGCAAAGCUUGAAACUCAAGGUUGACUGGUUGAAACGAGAAGGAUUCGGCGGAGCAAUGGUCUGGGCUUUAGAUCUGGACGAUCACACAGGGACCUCCUGUGGUGAAGGGAGAUAUCCUUUGAUGAACACCAUCAAGAGCAGACUCUUUGGUGCCGGAGGACCACCGUCCCUACCUCAAACAACGCCAAGACCCUCUCCAACAGAGGCACCAACUGAGAAACCUACACCUGCACCAACUAAGCCUCUGCCCGAAUCUACUAAGGCACCUAUUACUGAUCCGAAGACUACCGUUCCACCCGCAACAAAGGCGCCAUCGAAUCCUUCUACCAAAGCACCAGUAACAAACCCGCCCACCAAAGCACCAGAAACAAACCCGCCCACCAAAGCACCAGAAACAAAACCUCCCGUGCAGCCAACACAGGCGCCUGGAUCAGAAUUCAAGUGCCAGUCUAAGGGAUACUUCACUGACCCGAAGGACUGUGGUAAAUUCUACAUAUGUGAACCCGCCGGCUCUGGGUUCACCUCGUAUCACAUGAGCUGUGGCGCCGGAACUCACUUUGACGAGACAAACAAAGUGUGCGACUUCCCUGAAAAAGCCAAUUGCAAAUAUGGUGAUGGUUCGUCUGUCCAAAAGCCAGAUAGCAUCUGCUCAUGGAAGGGACAGGGCGUGUUCAGAGACCCGGACAACUGUGGGAAGUAUUACAUGUGCGUCCCGGGUCACAAGCCUUACCGUAUGGAAUGCCCGCACGGACUCGCGUUCAACCAAAUCGGCAGCGCCAGCGGCGUGUGCGACUGGCCUUACAAUGUGAAAGGGUGUUAGAUCAUCUUAGAUCACUUCGCCCGACCGCAGAUAUGAACAAUCCAAAUUUUGUUGGGUAUGAUGUUCGAGAAACGGCGUUAAAAUAAAAUUUUGAUAUGUAAUUUGGACUGUUGAAAUGAAUUUGCCAGCGGAUAUUUUUCAACCAGCUAAACUAUUAAGAGGUCUAACGUAGAAAUGAUUUUCACACAAAUAUAAACAUGUAGCAUGAAUUUCCCUCUUUGGUAGUAAAAUAAUAGUAAAAAUAAUAAUAAUAAUAACAGAAUUUGACAAUUUCAUGGUAAAAGAAAUGAUUGCAGCGUUUAACUGACUGUAAUGCCAAUACUUAUUCAGAACACCACUUAUUUGUUAGAGUCGUUUUCUUUUAGUACCACACUUCAAAACUCAAUAAAUAAAGGAUACUAAAAGAACAAAAUUCAACUCAGUUGAAAGAAAUGAAGUCUAUCUACUUUCAGGCAACAGCUAUCCUUACCUGCAAUUGCCAUGGUUCUUUUGAUUAUCAAGCAAGUACAAAAUAAACUAAAUAACAAUUUCAGAUUUCAGUGACAUUUUAUUCAAUAAAAAUAUAUAUUUAAUUUUGUAUGCACGAUUUCUCAUACUUUGUGACCUUAU